AUGCGGCGAGGAUCCUCGACGCCGUCAUCGCCGCGUCCGGACACCGACGCGGGCGUCCUGCGCGUCACCACGAGCGUCAGAGAACGAAUCAGAGAGGUUGAUGAAACUUUAGAACAUCUGCGCGCGGCGGUCGAUUGUUGCGUCGACGUGGCCAAGGGCGCGGAGAAGGCGACGCCGGGGUCGGCCUCCGUCUUACGCCCUCGUAUCGAGGCUCUGUGUGAACUGAAACGGGAGAAAUUGGCGACGAUGGAUGCCCUGAAGGCGCUCGAGCGCGAGUACGGGACGUCGAGAUCGAAACAGAGCGAGCGCGAGGACGGGGAUGGUGAUUCGUUCGAUUUCGAGGCGUAUCUCGAUAGGAAGACGAAGUAUUACAUGGCGUCGAGGCCGAAGGAGCUGGAGUUCGUGAUCGAGUUCGAUAAGGCUGUGGAGAAGGCGCGCGGGGGCGAGGGCGAGGACAUGGUGAUGGAGGACGACGGCGCGGACGGUUUGAGGAACGAAAAGUGUCCGAUGACGAUGCGGCGGAUCGAGGAUUUGGACGAUCCCGUUGAGGAUAACCGUGGGUUUGUGUACGAACGGGCGGCUAUCGUGCAGUACAUCGGAAGAGCGAAGUCGAAAGAGUGUCCGGUGGCGGGGACGCAGCACACGGUCACCGUCGCCGAGCUCAAGCCGAGUCGCAUGGCGAAGAAGAUGAAGCAGCGCGCGGCCGGUGUGGGAUCGAUACGCGCCGGGGAGUUUGUGAGUCCGUAG